AUGCUGCCCACCUUCCUUCUUCACUUGAGUCGCUACAGCAUGCUGAACGGCUACGAAAAUCAUGUUCUGUGGGCUUCCUAUCGAGUUUAUUGGAUCCGUGGUAUCCCCAACAACGGGCUUCAGAAAAAUGUUAUCCCCAACAAUACUUCGUCACAUGCUAACUCGCAGCGGAAGAAGAAGGCCACCGCGACGGCGGCCGCCGCCUCCUCCAAGCGGGAGAGGGAGAGGGAGCGGGAGCGGAACAAGGAGGCGGACGAGGUCACCGUGGAGCUCCGCGCGGUGGGGUUCGGCAAGGAGGUGGUGCUGAAGCAGCGGCGGCGGAUGCGGCGGAGGCGCCGCCUGGGCGAGGAGGAGCGCGCGGCCAUCCUGCUCAUGGCGCUCUCCUCCGGCGUCGUGUACGCCUGACUUGGCUAGCAAUCGCGCCGGCCCCCGAGACGCCGCUCCCAAAGGCGGCGAAAGGAGAGGGGGCCCGAUUCACUGGACGUGCGGCAUGAUCUGAGCCCCAGACAGAUCCGUCCGUCUGGAUCUAUGCUAAGUUUUCCCGGCUAAGUAGUAGCUCGUCGGUUCGAACAAGGCGAGUUAAUAAUCCGUGUCCGUGCUAGGCUAGCUGCUCUGUUCCCCCUCCCAUUGCUUGCUGUGUUCUUGCCACCGCCUCCUCUAGUUGUAAUCCUGCCGCUAGUAGUGUGCUAGUAGUAGCUGUCCUGCUGU